UCUGCUCUCCUUCAGGAUGCCUUCCGUGCCUUCCACCAGGAUCUGGAUUUCGUGCGCAAAUUCCUACAGCCCCUGCUGAUUGGCGAGCUGGCCCCGGAGGAGCCCAGCCAGGAUGGACCCCAGAAUGCCCAGCUGGUUGAAGACUUCCGUGCCCUGCGCCAGGCAGCCGAGGACAUGAAGCUGUUUGAGGCCAACCCCACCUUCUUUGCUUUCCUGCUGGGCCACAUCCUCGCCAUGGAGGUGCUGGCCUGGCUCAUCAUCUACCUCCUGGGCCCCGGCUGGGUGCCCAGCAUCCUGGCCGCCCUCAUUCUGGCCAUCUCCCAGGCCCAGAGCUGGUGUCUGCAGCAUGACCUGGGCCAUGCCUCUAUCUUCAGGAAGUCCCGGUGGAACCACGUAGCCCAGCAGUUUGUGAUGGGGCAGCUGAAGGGCUUCUCUGCCCACUGGUGGAAUUUCCGCCACUUCCAGCACCAUGCCAAGCCCAACAUCUUCCACAAAGACCCAGACGUGACUGUGGCACCCGUCUUCCUCCUGGGGGAAUCGUCUGUGGAGUAUGGCAAGAAGAAGCGCAGAUACUUACCCUACAACCACCAGCACCUGUACUUCUUCCUGAUUGGCCCGCCGCUUCUCACCCUGGUGAACUUUGAGGUGGAAAAUCUGGCGUACAUGCUGGUGUGCCUGCAGUGGACAGACUUGCUCUGGGCUGCCAGCUUCUACGCCCGCUUCUUCUUGUCCUACGUCCCUUUCUACGGUGUCACUGGGGUGCUGCUCCUCUUUGUUGCUGUCAGGUAUGGCCAGAUUUGGAGUGGCAUGGAGGGCGGAGGUCACAUACAGUCGCAAUGAUCUGACCACAGCAUCCCCUGCUCCCAGCCUUCAUUUCCCCAUCUGCAGAAUGGGGACAGCAGUACUGCCUCCUAGAUUGCUGGGGGUGUCCACCCUCAUGA